CUGUAUUUUGUGUACUACUCACCUGGCAUGCAUGUUGGGGUGUUUCACAAUGCAUAUACAGACAAAACCAGUGUUCCUGGAGUUAAGGUUGGGAUACAGAUUGUUUGAACAGAUGUUUUGAACUGCCCACCUCCUAUUUGUCUAUGGCUAAAUGCUGUCACAUAAUUCAUGAAGCCAAGAAUGCCUUAUUUUGGGGGAUGACCUACUGUUCAGGGCAGAGGUGGGGAACCUGUAGCCCUCCAGAUGAUGUUGGAUUCUAGCUCAGAUCAGCCCCAAGUAGCAUGGAUCACAACAGUUGUAGUCUAGCAGUCUAUGUAUGCCAACACGUUUCCCACCCGUGUGUGUCUUGUGUGUUCAUGCAUGAGAAAGAGAUGGGUCACAAAUAAUCAGUAACAUUGAUUUAAAAAAAACCUUAAAUCAGAACAAUAACCACAACAACCUAUUGAAACAGAAAUAAAAUUUGACUGGUCGUUAAAAGGCAAAGUUAAGAUCAUACAAAUUCAUAGGGGGGAAAUGAAAUGGGAGAAGAUACUAAAAUAGCAUAUCCCAGAUUAUGACUUUAAGAAUUUUGGUAAAUAAAAUAGUUUUAAUUUGGUGCUUAAAUGAGUCUUGCACAAGUGCCUUCCCAACUUUUUCUGGAGAGGUUACAACACACAUAGCAUGGCAGUAUGAAAACACUAUCCUAUUGGUCAUCAAUUGAAAGGAUUCCAGCAGGCUAUUGCUUUGUAGAAUUUGCUGACUUGGCCACUGCAGAAAAAUGUUUACAUAAAAUCAACGGGAAACCUCUUCCUGGUGCCACACCAACAAAGCGAUUUAAAUUAAACUAUGCCACAUAUGGAAAGCAGCCUGACAACAGCCCAGAAUAUUCACUAUUUGUAGGAGAUCUGUCUCCUGAUGUAGACGAUGGGAUGAUAUAUGAGUUCUUUGUAAAAGUGUACCCGUCAUGUAGGGGCGGCAAAGUUGUCGUGGACCAGACGGGAGUUUCCAAAGGCUAUGGUUUUGUGAAAUUCUCAGAUGAAUUGGAACAGAAAAGAGCACUGAUAGAGUGCCAGGGGGCUGUCGGCCUUGGUUCUAAACCGAUACGCUUGAGUGUUGCCAUACCAAAAGCUAACCGGCUGAAGACAGUCGAGUACAACCAGAUGUACAACUAUAACUAUAACCAGUACUACCAACAGUAUCAGAACUACUAUGCACAUUGGGGAUAUGAUCAGAACACAGGCAGUUACAGCUACAGCUAUCCACAGUACGGCUACACACAAAGCACCAUGCAGAACUAUGAAGAGGUUGGUGAAGAUGCAUUAGAAGAUCCAAUGCCCCAGAUGGAUGUGGGAGAAGCGAACAAACAGUUCAUGGAACAGAGCGAAGAACUCUACGAUGCCUUGAUAGAAUGUCAUUGGCAGCCUUUGGACAGUGUCUCUUCAGAGAUUCAAGCCAUGUAGUUGCCUUGCUAAACACGGCGUCUCCGAGCAGCAUGCCAGCGUGCCCUGGACUCUAGCCAAGCACACGAAGCCUGCAGCUGGGUUGCCCUCUCUUUUCCUCCAGAUCGCUGACUCAGAAGAGUACAGAGGAGGGCUUGCAGCAGUUUCUGUAUGUGCUGAGCCGGCAGAGGAGCAUUUGUGGUCAAAUCUAUUCAUGAUGAAAAUAGAACUCAGACACUUAGGUUUUUUUCCUUUUCUUUCUUUCUUUUUUUUGGGGGGGGGGUGGCGUCUUGAGACAGAUUUGUUCAUCCUUGUCAAGGAGUUGUAAUUUAUAAACUUUUAAAAACAAGAUGGUAUGGUGGGAAAAAUUUUACUUCCAUGUACAAUAAAAAGUAUCUUUUACACAAGAGGCAGGUUCUGGUGUUCUCCUCUGUGGUGCAAACAGGACCAGGAGUCACCAGUGGUUAUUGUAGGUAUGUCCUGAGAUGGUCAUUCUUCUCCUGUCCUGAGUGAUUCCCUCUAAAAGUGACUGCAGUGAAACUUUGCUAUCUGAGGAUAAAUUUUUCUUUUAAUUCAGGGGUGUUGGCGGAUUUUAGCAAACCUGGUUAUUUUCAGAGUCGGUUUCAACCUGUUUUAACCUGCAACACCAUCUUUUGCGCGAAGUUCUAGCUUCAGGCUGUGUUGUGAAGUGUCUGAGCUGAUGAGUGAGACUUGAAUGUACAGUCAUUGUUGGCCAGUCUUGCACGUUAUUAAAGUACAGAUUAGAACAGCCUUUGCUAACCUGGUGCUCUCCAGACACUGUUUGACUAGGAACUCCAGUCCGGCAACAUCUGGAGGGCCACAGAUUCCCUAUCCCCAGUGUUGACAGUAUUGAGCUAGGUGGGCCAGUCGCCUGCAGUUUACUCUGCUCCCCGUGAUAAGAUAUUAGAAAUGCCAAGGGCAAAUAUAAAUAUAUGUAUUGAUUGGUAGUAGGUAACAGAACAGACAAAAAGCUCCAUGCUUCAGUGAUAUGGGACCCUGUGGCCCCCCAGAUGCUGUUGGACUAUUUGCUGGUGUUGAAUGGAAUUGAAGUCCAAGAACUUCCAGAACGCCAUAAGUUCCACAUCCCUGCUUUAAUUUAUGGAAUUCAGUGACCCAAGUUGUGGUGAGGGCCAUAGCCUUAGGCCCCAUCUGCACAUACGGUACAUUUAAACCACUUUAAACAAGCUUUGUCCCCACCCCCCAAAACAUCCUUGGAACUGUAGUUUGUUAAGGGUGCAGAGAGUUGUUAGGAGACCCCUUUUUGCUCCACAGAACUACAAUUGCAGAGUUCACUGGGAAGAGGGAUUGACU